GCGCGUAGGUAUAUUAUUGUGUGGCUGCCCCUUUGAAGUGUCGCUGGCGGAAUCUACUUACUUCAAGAAAAAUGGCAGACAUUACCGAGGAAGAACUUGAAAAAGAAAUCGAAAAGAUAUUGAAAAAUGCAAACCUGGCUACAACAUCAACUAAGAAAGUCAUCCAGAAGCUUGAGAAAAGCUUUGGCACAGAUCUAUCGGAGAAGAAAAAGAUCAUUGAUCAAAUGGUGAUGGACUAUGUGAACAACAAGGGCUCUGAGUCAGAGAACGAUGAUGAUGAUGAUGAUGAAGAGGAAGAAGAGAAGAAACCGGCGAAGAGAGCAGCUCCUCCCUCUAAGGGAUCAGCUAAGAAAUCCCGCAAGGAAUCCAGUGAUGAAGAAGAUGAAGAUGAUGAGAAAGCAUCAGAUGAAAGUGAAUCUGAGGAAGAGAAAAAGAAACCAGCCGCUAAAAAGGGUAAGAAGAAGAAGGGUUCAGAUGGAGAUUCCGACAGCGAUUGGGGAAAGAAGAAGGAAAAGGCUCCCAAAGCUAAGAAAGCUGGUGGUAGAGGAAAAGGUGGCGGUUAUACUCGAGCAUAUAAACUAUCACCAGCGUUAGCUGAACUCAUGGGGAAAGAUGAAAUGCCUCGACACGAGGUUGUAAAACGAGUUUGGGCGAUUGUUAAAGAACGCAAACUAUACGAUCCUAAUAACAAACAGUUUGCUAUUUGCGAUGAUGCUAUGUAUAAAGUAUUUGGUACUAAACGUUUCCGUAUAUUCGGUAUGAUGAAACAUUUAAAAACGCAUUUCUGCGAUUGAAAGGCUUUUUAUAAUUCACUUAAUCUGACUUGAUUAUUUCGACUUAAAAUUACUGUUCAAAUUGUUUUUGUUGUCUUUGAUUUUAAAGCAAGUAUAAUUUUUUACUUGUUCAAACAUAUCUAACAAUAGAUUUAACAUAAGUUAGGAUUAAGAUUGAAAGGGUAAUCUGUAGUAAUUAAAACUAAAAAUUUGUUUAGUAAAUCCAAGUCAAAAUGUAGCGCUUGUAAACACUUUUUUGUCAAUUUUCGUAUGAAAAAUUGGAUAUGUUGACUGCUAACGAUAUAAAAAAAGAUUAAAAAUUAAUCCAACAGAAAAGAAGUUUUUUAGUCAUGUUAAAAAAUGUGUUCAAGUCGUUAUAUAUUUAAUGACAUAGAAAGUGUGAUUCCAUGAAUACUAUUGAACUUUUAGUUUUAAUUUUGCUAUGAAUUACUACGAUUGAAAAUGUGAAUUUAUCGAUGCAAACGAGCGGUUAAAAAACGCGCGUUUUUUAACCGUCAACUGUCAGCCUUUCAAUUUAAUUGCUAAGAAUAACUUAAAUAAGGAGUAUGUCAACGUAAUUGCAUUUAAAAUAUUGAUAGAUUCUUAAGUCUUCUGAUAAACACUAACAAUAAAUUCAAAUAGACUCUUAGAGCGUGCAAACACCUUUGACCAAACUAUCGCACAACGUUUAGUAUCGCUUUGAGCUUAUAUGGAGGGUACACUACUCUAACUUUAGUUGCGCUAAAUACUUGAAUUGGCUGCGAAACAAUCGACAAUCGCACACAGUCGUGCGAUAGUUAAGUCAAAGGUAUGCGCCCGCUCUUAAGAUGUAAUUUCUUUUACUAUAAAGUCUGUAUUUUGAGACAAUCCUUUAUUCAGUCAUAGAAUUAAUUAAAUAUGAUAGAAUUUAAGCAAAAAAAAA